GCCGGUUGAGUAAGCAAUACGUCUUUUCUCUCGAACCUCUGUCUGCGUCUGUGUUUUCCUUUCCCAGUACCUUUUCUUUCUUUCGAACCUUGUCGUCCAACGCGUUCUGUCUGCUCCUUCUUUACAACUGCAAAGGAUUGCUUUUCUGCGUCGUGUCUCCCGUCUCGGUCUCCCGCUCUUCUUCGAGGCGGGUCUGUUCACCUCUCAUCGACUGUGUUUUCUCUCUCUCUCUCUCUGCGUUUCCUCUCUCUCCUCGCGGCUCUGAUCUCCCUUUAUUUCUUGUUGAUCCUUCGUCUCUUCUCCGUACCUCCACCGGGAACUCGGAGCUCCGUGAGGACGCCGCUGCCGUUUUCUUUGUUUUCUUUUCUCUGUCUCUUGGCGUCCUUUUUCUGCGCCUUUUCGUUCCUUGCCAUGGCCCUCCACGACCGCAUUUGAAAUGGAGGACGAUCCCCCGAACUCGACAGUCUUCGCUCUGCCCUCUCUCCCCCUCUCCUCCAGCUCCCCGCUCUCCGCCUCGGUCUCCAGCAGGUGGAAAACGCUUCCCUUGCUCGCGCUCCUCUCUCUUUUUUCGUCUGUUCCUCUGUCCGCUGGCGCGCUCUCUCUGCCUCCUCAGCUGGCUACACACCUCGCGCGACUUCUCCCUCUCCGAAACGGCUUCUCGGCAAGCGCGCUGUCUCCGACAUCUUGUCGCGCUUCAUCAUCGCCUAUGCACUAUGCCUUCUCGAGCGUCGGAACCGAAGCAGGGAGUCGCACAGAGGAGAAGCGAGAAGAGGAGAGCGAAGGCAUGAAUCUCUCUGCCUCACUCUCAGAUGUCGUCGUCUCUCCCUCGCUUCGAGAAUUCAACAUCCUGCUGUCCUCUCUUCCCUCCCUCUCUCCCCUCGCGGACUCGCACGAGUCCUUCUCCUCUUCACCCCUUCGCGGUUCCGUUUCAGCGUCUUCUUCACCGGCCUCUUCUUGCCCCUCUGUAUCUUCCUCUUCGUCUUCCUCGUCGCCUCCGUGUAUCUCCUCUUCUCGGUCUCGGGGAGUCUCUUCCUCUCAAGCUGUUCUGUGUUCUUCCUCGCCGUCUCCCCGCCCUGUCCUCGGCAAGCAGACCGGCUCUCCGCGGGUAUACAGACACCUCCCGCGGGUCGUCGACGGCGGAUCGCUGCUACGGACGAGCAGUCGUUCUUCGGACUCCCUUCCUGCGCUCCGAUUUUCUUCUCUCCCUCAAAGCAGCUCCGCAGAGACGAGGAGCGACAGCGAGAAGGAAAGGCGUUUCGCAGCGAAAGCAGGAACACAGGCUUCCUCGCUCAGACAACUGGCUGGGAGGAAGAGAGCCGAGGCCGAAGCGACGCCGAACGCGGUCAGGCCUUUGUCUUUGGAGAAUGAAGCUGACAUUCAAGUUGUUCUCUCCUCUCGCGCGGUCGAGCGUCUCCUCGCUGCGCCCGUGGAAAUCGGAGAGCAGGGAGACUGUUCGCCGGCCUCAGUUGCCUUGCUCUACGGAGUCGUCGACAGAGACAGAGACGCCGAGAAGGAGAGAAACGGAGUCCGAGGCAACGACGGAGACACGACGCGAGACGCGCAGCAUUCAGAAGCGACAGACGAACUGAAGAGAGCGUAUCGGAUCUACGUCGAGGAAGUGAUGGUCUUCACUCCGAGCCGACGGAGCGGAGACGGAGGCCUGAGCCGGCGAGAGAAAGAGGAAGGCAUUCAGAAUUUUCUCCUUGGAGCGUCUCCGCUUCGAGCAGCUGCUGAUCGAGCGGCGCGUCACCUUGGACUUCAGUUGGUCGGCUGGGCGUCUCUGCGACCGCCGCAUCUCCUCGAGAGCGGAGACAAGCGGUGUGCGUUCGAAACUCAGCGAAGGCCGCAGCCGGCGGGAGUGGGGACUGUGGGGCCUCGGAGACACUUUCAAAGGACCGCCCAGAAGGGCAGAGAGGAGCGGACCGGGCAAGAACAAGACGCGGCCGAAGAGGCUGAACAGAGGCGACGCGUGACUCCAGCAGAAGUUCUUCUCUCUCUUCACUUGCACCAUCAUCGAGAGCAGCUGCGCAGCGAAGACCCUGUCCCUCCCUGUUCGCUGUCUUCUGCUUCUUCUUUCUCGUCUUCUGCUUCUUCUUUCUCGUCUUCUGCUUCUUCGCUCUCGUCUUCCCUCCCUCUGGUGGGCCUGAUCGUUCACCGAAGCCUCCCGAGCGCGGCCUCGGCUCCAGAAGCGGGCAGAGUCGAGAUGGAGGCUGUGGCGGUGACUGCACACGGCCUUGACGUUUGGCGCGCGCCGGUCCUCCCUUCGCUGGAGGAGGCGUUCGCGCUCUCGAGAGCUCGCGCCCGUGAAGGAACAGGCGAAGGGGAAGACGCAGGAAGGCCGGGAGACGCGGGCGGCUGCGUCGCGGCGCGACAGGCCAACUCGACGGAGCCGAGGCGGUCGGAACCGCGCGCGCGCUCCGCGACGGGGGCGCUGCGGAGAGGUCGAGAACUCAAAGACUUCUUAUCCGUUUCGCAAAAGACAAAGGAGGAUGAACGCGCCGCAGGGAUGGUGCCCCUACGUCAGCCGGUGGAGAUCGACGGCGCGCUCUACCACACUCUGCCUACCGAGUUCUUCCAUAGGUAUCUCCCCGUCGUCGCCGAGGAAGAGGAAGAACGAAGCAGAGCGCAGGCAGCAGGUGAAGAGGAAGAAGACUGGACCGAAGAGGUCUUUCACUUCUCCCGCAUCGAAGGCGAACCGGAGACGCAUGUCAAUUUUCAGCGUCGCAGGCGACGUAGCCGAGACACCCCACAGGCGUCGGGAAGCGCGUCGCCUUCCUUCGCUGAACUGACGGAUCUCCUCGGCAAAGAAGGACUUCCUCCCGGACAACUUCUCCAGCGUCUGCGGCGUUUUGACCUCCUGACGCAAGUCGCGGAACUUCUCCGCAACAAGUGAGCUGAGUUGCCCUGGUGCUUCGCUAUCUCUCCCUUCUUUUCGCGGCUGCGUAGCUACCGUUUAAGCCUUUGUAUUCAACGUAGAGCCUCUUCCUUGGACCACGGACUGUCUCUCGCAUUUGAACGAGUGCAGCGCUCUCGCGUCCAUGGAUUUUAUUUUGGAACAAUCUGCGAUUGUUUCGAGACUUCGCUGUCGCGUCGGCGUCUCAGGGCCGGUCGGUGUCUCCUGUUCGUUUCGCAUGCGCCCUUCAGCGAACAAGAUUUUCGGCUAGUCGUCGAAGCCGUUCGAUCCAGGGAAGCUUUCAGAAACAGCGGCGACGAUGCAGAGCGAACCCCUUUCUCUGAUGCUCGAGAAGUUCCCCUGCGAGUCGUGCGUCUGCUCAGAGCGCUCGCGUCGGCAGAAACGCCCCAUGGAGAAUCGACAAAGAAGGACUGAGAGACGCGCUUUUCUCGAACGCCGACGCCACGACCAAAGCCGAAUUUAGACAGAACAAGGCUUGUGUUUCUUUUUUUCUUGCAAAACGUCUGCUCGACUGGCAGUCUCUGCAGUGUGGAGUGGAGGGAGGUGGGCGUCAGGGUCCUGAACGCCUUCCUGCUUUUUCCUCCUGAUUCGGAGACUCCUCCGACGAAAGGCCUGCAGCCUGUGAACGUUCGUUCGUCAGCGCGCCAAGUCGAGGUUUUCACUCGAUACGCACUGAAUUCGCAUGCGAGAGUGUCGGGAGAGAAUCCUUUGCGUUGUUUCUUCGCGUUUUUGCCCGACUUGCAGGAACUCUGCUUCGAG